AUGUUACUCGGCCUUAUGAAGUAUGCUGGGUGGACCUACCUCCCCAACUUCGCCACCCGCCAACUUCUCUCCAUCAUUCACUCCAUCUACCCGCGUCUCUUUGGCAGCCCUCCUCCCAAACCCGGCACCCCCGCGUACCAGCGCGAUGUCCGCAUCACGUAUCUCGCCGUCGUCAUCGGGUACCUCUUGUACACAUUCUACGAUGCCGCCACAACAGUAGAGCCGAAUUACUACCAGAUGUUAGGCGUCGAGCCGACUGCGGACGAGAACACGCUCAAGAUGGCGUUCAGACAGUUCGCCAGGAAGCACCAUCCGGAUCGGGUGGGUCCUCAGGGGGAGAGGGUGUUUAUCCAGGUUCGAGAUGCGUACGAGGCGCUGAAGUCGCCCGUGAAGCGUUUUGCGUAUGACAGAUUUGGACCUGAUGCGCUCGGGUGGUCGCAAUGCUCGACGCUCAGGGAGUAUAUCCGCCAUGGGCUCAUGCAAGCGUCCGGAUUUUAUAUCACCUCGACGUGCAUACUUCUCCUGUUGUCCGCCUCUGGUCGUACAGGCCCAGUGGCAUACUGGCGCUACAUCCUCCUCGCACUGAUCUCGGUGUACGAGAUGCUCUUCAUCCUUGACCCCUCGCCUUCGCCCGGAUCCGCCUCGAAGCUGUCAUCGGUCCUCUUCGCCGACCCCGCAAGUACGGCGCAUACCAGUUUCUUCAAGCUCUUCUGGCCGCGUCGCGUUGCGUACCAACACAUCCGUUUCCUCCACUCCCUUUUCGUUCUGUGUUCUUUUGCGCUGUCGAACGUAGCGCCCGUGCUGUUCCCUCAACCGUCACGGGAGAUGGAGGAGAAGAUCCUGUUGAGCCAAGCCCAGCAGAUCCUUCAGCUCUCUAACCAGAUAUCCGCUGAAGCGAACGCGCAAGUGCAGACCCUCUACCACUCCGCGCACGGCCCGCGCACCGGCACCCCCGCGCAGGACACCACGUUCCCGUUCCUCGGCGAGCUCCCGAACGGGGGCCGGCCCGCGGACGAAGUCGUGACGCUCCUCGCGCGCGAGCUCGAGAACCUCAUUCUCGAGACGCAGCUCCGCGCCGACGGCGGCCCGCUCAAGAGCGCGGUAGAUAACGCCGUCGAACGCGAGCGCAAGCGGAGGGCGGGUGUGCGCCCGGGGCCGGAGGGGUGGAUACAAAGGAGCGUGAGCAGGAUGAACGGGUACGUGAAUGGGUAUGGGCUCGCGGCAGGGGCUGCGGCGAGCGCGGAGAGGUCGUACGACUCGUCGCCGGUGAGGGGCGAGAGGACUGUGCCGGGAUACGUCCGGGGACGGUCGAGGUCGCUUGGGUGA